CGAUAAUGAAACAGCAAUUAAUUCCCGAAACUCUACUCUUUGUGCAGCGUCGAUUGCGAUCUCGAUUUCUGCAGGUCAUGUAAUGAGGUUUGGCUUAUAGACUACACAAAGAAACCGUUUCCCCUCAACUCGUCAAUAGCCGUCUAUUAUGGCUUUAUUUAUGUCAUGUUUGACGCCCUCACUUCCAUGGUGCUUGUAUUGAAACUAUUUAACCAUCUCCGGUUGGCAAAGUGCACAUACGACUAUCAGCUGCCAAGCAAAGUACAUCUCUCUCUUCAAAGAUUCUCGAGGAUUUCUCAGUUAUUUAUGGAAUUUCCGAGAAAGGUAGGUUUCAACACCUCUUCAUGAUGACAAACCGUAGCCUUGCAUUUCAAAAUACCACCACGACUGGGGAACAAUGUGUGUUCCAAGAAGUCAGCCUCGAAGCACGCGUCGUAAAGAUGUUAGCAUACUGCAUUCUCAUUCUUCUUGCAUUCAUUGGCAAUGUCAUCGUGAUUUUCAUCUUUCGCAACCAUCGCUCAAUGAGGUCGACGACCACUAAUCGCCUGAUCGUGAACAUGGCGGCUUCGGAUAUUUUGCUGCCGGUCCUUGUACUCCCUCGGCAACUCGCUGUGAUCGUGGAAACAGGCAAAAAUGCGGCUAUAGUGUGGCGGAUUCCCGGCACCUUCGGCCAAAUAACUUGUAAGCUGAUUCCAUUUCUCGGCGAUGUGUCAAAUACUGUGUCAAUCUUCAGUUUGGUGCUUGUGGCUUGUGAUCGUUAUUUAGCAGUGGUAUGGCCAAUGUCAAAGAGUCUUCACUUUACUCCAUUCAGAUGCAAGCUUCUCAUAUACGCUACAUGGAUUGCAGCGUGCGCCCUACACGCGCCCUACUUCAACACAUUCUACUUGCUACAAGACAACUUCUGUCUGAACCAGUGGCGAAGAGGAUUUGAUUUGGAAACUCACAUAUACAACACAAAAACCCAACAGAAGUACUUUGUGUCGCUGUUAGUUAUAGUCUAUGUUGUACCAUUGACUUUAAUAACUGUUCUGUACACUUCUAUUAUUAUUGAGCUCGGCGAUAACAAACGAAAUAACGAUAGAAAUCCGGGUGUUCACGGGCGAAGAAGACGGAAAGAGGAUCGCCGCGUAAUCACAAUGUUAAUCGUUGUACUCGCUGUGUUUGGCUUGUGCUUUGCACCCAUUCAUAUCUACCAUUUUCUCAAGUAUUUCGUCUUGAGCGAUUCCGCCUAUUGCGGUUCACCUAGUCUUGAUUUCGCUCUAUACUUUCUAGCGCAAUCAAGCUGUGGCAUCACGCCGUACAUUUAUUUCAUUUUCGUAAGAAACUAUAGAAAUGGCCUGAAAGAGAUUUUAAAGUGCUGCUUUCACAUGAAUAUUACAACGACCUCAAGCAGUGCGAGCCACGAAGAGCGAUAUUCUAGAAACAGUUCUAGAUUUACCUCGGAAGCAAACACAAACACAACCUCUCUCCGGAGCAGCGCGCGUGCAAACACUAGCGGGAAACUACUUGACACGACGUGUUGUAAAUUCAGGACACCAGCGGAGGCAAAAGGGCCGACUCUUAUACAAUUUGAGACGUGUAUCUGAUCGCAAAGAAAAUCACCAAAUAUAAUAUCACUCUUCUAAAUCUAAAGUUACUAUUCGUAUUUUCUUACAAUUUAUGCCGCCUGGAUAAUUAAUUUACCGGCUUAGUUUAUUUAACGUUCAGCGGCUUCAAUAACACAAAUUAGGGCAAAUGAAGGCACACCUCAAUCAUAGAGUUCAAGCAGGUUUUUAUAACAGAAGUGCAAAUAGAACCCGAAUAUGCUGCCUGGAGACCAACUUUAAUGGGAGCAAACUUCAAGUAGAAGAUAUGCCAUGAAUCAGUUAUCACUUGCAAUAAACGAACUUGCAAGCAAGGUGUUAGGGAAGUCCUUUACUGAGUAUAUAAUGUAUUUUCCUUGUUUCCUGCUUGAAAAUGCACAAAAUCCGAAGAAUAACUUUGUAAAUUGAGACGAUUUUAUCAGUUUUUGUAAGAUAGAUGGCUAACAAGAGAAGAUGAAAUGGAAAAAUAAUCUUUCAAGAAUAAAGAUAUCGAUGUGCAAUUAUUCUAUCUUUUUUCCUUGCGGGCUGACGGCUGCAAAAAUUGAAAAGAAAUGGCUAGAAGCCGAGUAUUUUUGUGACCUUUUAACCGGUAACAAAAAGCAAACAAAUAAUCUAGGAACCUAGAGCGGAUAUACUAUAUAUUUAUUAAAUACGGGCAAAUCUUUGACUAAUAUUUGAAAAACAUCUUCUUAACAUAGGGCGCGCAACAAUUCUCAUGGAUAUUAAA